AUGCAUGGUCACAUCAUCAAUGACAUGGGUCACAAUUUCUGGACCCCCAUUUACCAGCCCGGUGUCCGCCAUAUUGUUGUGGAGCCCACAGAUGAUUUGCCUGGAUGGAAGAUGAAUGAGAAUGUGAAGACUGCCUUUGAGCUGAUUAAAGAACAUGGCGGGAUGUUUAUUGACCUUCUCUGUUCACAUGACCCAGCCGCCAUCUUUGUCGCCAAAUGUCCUAUAGAGAAGCACUACAAACUGGUGUUACGUAACCACUCCCAGCUGUGUCAGAUCGCUCACCGGGUCGAGGACAUGUUUAACAUCAUACGUGAUGACGUAGUUUACAACGACUGGCCUGUCAGCACCGGAUGUACGAUGGUCAAGUCCACUCUGACAGACUGUCCGGCGGAGAUGGUCGUCAGGGAGACCUGGGACCUGAUAGAGAAAGAGAAGUGCACCAUCGCCAGCCUGCAGCCCUCCAUGAUCCAGAUGCUCUCCUAUCACUGUGAAGACAUCCACGAGCCCCACUGGAAGCUCAAAGUCCUCAGCACCACCGGCUUCGUCCGGCAGUCUGUCAUGGACGUCAUUGGUCGGUGCAAUGACGCCAUCGUCACCUGCUACUCGUUGAUUGAGGCCGGUGUGGUGUCUAGACUGAUGGUGACAGACACCACCAAGACCCGCUACACGGAGGGCUGUGUCGGGGACCUCACUGACCCGGUCAGGACCAGGUUUGACACGAAGGGACCAGGUUCAGCUAAACCUACCAAGGUUCAAGCAGCCCUACCCGUUAAAAGAUACAGAGCAUCUUUCCUUUUCAUGGCUUUAAUUUUUAGCUGUUUUAUACUUUCUUGUGAGGCAAAUACAGCGGGAAAAAUGACAACAGUUAAAGGCGUGUUAAAACUUGAUCUGCCACUUUGUAGAGACAAUCUUGGCAGUCUGGCCAACUGCUCAAAUACUUUGGAGGCAUUGAAGGAAAUGUUGAUUCAAGAGCGAAAACUAAACAAUGAAUUUCAAAAAUCUAUGCAAGAUUGGAUGAUCCAAUUUAAGCAUGAUCUUUUGAAGGAAGUAAAAGAACUGCUAAAGAAUAAUGAUGGAAACAAAUAA